AUGAAGAUAUUUUGCAUUUUUCUGAUCUUUUUCUUCAACGUGUUUUGUGAACUAUCAGUUUCACAACAAAAAGCUGAAGACAAAGCAGAAAGACAACGUAAAUGUCAACUGGUCCAGGGUGUUUGCAAGCUUAAAUGCAACAGCUGGGAAUAUGUCUUUACUCACUGCAACUUUGAGCCCUGCUGUGUAAUUCGGGAAUACAGACGCCCUUAG